AGAGAGUUGAGCAUUGGCAUCUGCUCCAAAUAGUGUUUCCAUAUACUAGACUCUGACAUCAAAUGUCACAUUCCAGGGAUCCAUAUUCUUUCCCUAGAUAUGAGAAUGAUGACACCUUUCAGGGAAAACAUAUGCAGAGAACAACUGGUAGGAAAAGUAACAAUUUGCCCCAAAAAGAAGACCCUUGGUAUCGUCUAAAUUCUACUGCAACACUAUCAAGUGACAGGAGAGCAGUGUAUUACUAUGACCCAGAGUCUCCAUCUGACAGCUUGGAUUUUACUUUAAAGUCCCUGUAUGAUCACCAUAAUGGUCUUCUAAAAGAUCACAAUGAAACAUUAUAUCAACGAGAAACAUUAACAGAGAAUCACAGGAGAAUUUUGAAAAACAGAGUGAAAGAGAUUCCAGACUUGCAAGAGGAGAUGCCGUCUGUCAAACAGUGGGUUAGUCCUCAGAGAGCCAUAGCAUAAAUGGUGCUAUUGUGAGUCAUCAUACAGCUGCUACAAACCAUGGAUACUCCCGGAAACACGAUGGAGGCUACUACAGCAUCUGAUCAGCAACAACAGACAAACUCUCUUUUUCUGAAAAAUAAACAGGAUUGCAUUGCUGAA